AUGCAUUAUGCCUCUGAAAUCAUAACUUCCUCCCUAUUAAUUAUAUUAAUUAUGCUCUGCUCCCCCUUAAUCUGACCUGCCCCUCUAAACAAAUUACUUACUAAAAACCACCCAGCUAAAGUAAAAACUGCAGUCAAAUUAGCCUUUUUUGUAAGCCUCUUACCCCUAGCCCUCUUCCUUAAUACAGGCUUAGAGACCCUAACAUAUACAUGACAUUGAACAGACUUUUCUUACCUAUCACUAUCCCUCAGUUUUAAGUUUGACCUUUACACAAUUAUUUUUACACCUAUUGCCUUAUACGUAACCUGAUCUAUUAUAGAGUUUACCUCCUGAUACAUAGCCUCAGACCCCUUAAUCGACCGCUUCUCAAACUUUCUUCUUCUCUUCCUAGUAGCCAUACUAGUAUUAGUCACAGCUAAUAAUAUAUUCCAACUUUUUAUUGGUUGAGAGGGCGUAGGAAUUAUGUCUUUUCUUCUUAUCGGUUGAUGACAAGGCCGAACAGACGCAAACACUGCAGCACUUCAAGCAGUAAUUUAUAACCGAGUGGGAGAUAUUGGCUUCAUCCUAGUAUUAAUCUGAUCGGCCUUAAAAGUUAACUCAUGAGAAAUAGACCAAAUUUUCAUCUUAUCUAAAAACUACAACACAACAAUCCCGGCCAUCGGCUUAAUUCUAGCCGCAACAGGUAAAUCUGCCCAAUUCGGGCUUCACCCAUGACUUCCAUCCGCAAUAGAAGGCCCUACUCCAGUAUCUGCCCUACUACACUCAAGCACUAUGGUUGUUGCCGGCAUUUUUUUACUCAUCCGAAUAAACCCUAUUAUUGCCCAAAAUGCAAAUGCACUUACAGCAUGCUUAUGAUUAGGUGCCCUUACAACCCUUUUCACAGCUACAUGUGCCCUUACCCAAAAUGAUAUCAAGAAAAUUGUAGCUUUUUCAACAUCAAGCCAGCUAGGGUUAAUAAUAGUAACUAUUGGACUAAAUCAACCCCAACUUGCCUUUUUACACAUUUGCACCCAUGCCUUUUUUAAAGCAAUACUAUUCCUAUGCUCCGGCUCAGCAAUCCACAGCCUAAACGAUGAACAAGAUAUCCGAAAAAUAGGAGGAAUAUUCUAUCUCACCCCCUUUACAGCCUCUUGCAUUAACUUAGGAAGCUUAGCUCUUGCAGGCUUUCCCUUCCUAGCAGGAUUUUUCUCAAAAGAUGCCAUUAUUGAAGCAAUAAACACUUCCUUUUUAAACACUUGUGCACUUAUCCUAACCCUCAUUGCAACUUCUUUUACUGCUGCCUACAGCAUUCGAUUAAUUUACCUAGUAUCAUUAAAUACCACCCGAAUUGCCCCUCUUUCCCCCAUUGACGAAACACCCACAGAAGUCAUUAACCCUAUUAAACGAUUGGCCUGAGGAAGCAUCCUAGCAGGCUUAAUUAUCACCUCUAAUAUGCUCCCAAAUAAAACACCUAUUAUAGUAAUAACCCCUAUAAUAAAAAUAUCAGCUUUAAUUGUAACCAUCAUGGGACUCCUUAUUGCACUUCAACUAGCAACAAACGCUAAUCAACAUCUCUCCCCUAGCCCUAAAAUAACCCCAUACCGCUUCUCUAGCAUACUCGGCUUCUUCCCAAGCAUCUUUCAUCGUUUAACCCCUAAAAUAAAUCUCGCCUUUGCCCACAAAAUUGCCACCCAAACAUUAGACCUCUCAUGAACAGAAACCCUAGGACCCAAAGGACUUUCACUUAAAACAACCCAUCUAGCCUCCUGAGUAAGUAAUAUUCAAAAAGGCCUCAUCAAAUCAUACAUAAUAUUCUUUAUUCUAGCCAUCACAUGUGCUUUCAUAUAUGCCCUAAUCUAA